CUGCUGGUGUGUAGUUUGUACCCUGAUUUCCUCAAUGAGCAGGACCGCAUGAGAGAGAGAGAGAGAGAGAGAGAGAGAGAGAGAGAGAGAGAGAGAGAGAGAGAGAGAGAGAGAGAGAGAGAGAGAGAGAGAGGGAGAGAGAGAGAGAGGGGGAGAGAGAGAGGGAGAGAGAGAGAGAGUGAGAGAGAGAGAGAGAGAGAGAGAGAGAGAGAGAGAGAGAGAGAGAGAGGGAGAGAGAGAGAGAGAGAGAGAGAGUAGACAAAGUAACAGCACAUGCGAGGGCAU